AUGGAGAUGCCAAGCACUUCCGGGUCGUGGCAAGGCCCAGCGGUGGAGAAGGGCGCCCGAAUGGCAAAGUUGGCAAAAGCUUCCGAGCGACUGGUCAGCUGUUCUGCGGCUGACAUUCUGAAGCAGGACUUUGAAGCAUUGUUUGCUACAGCUUUGACUGGCAACGACAUGCACAGCUUGUCACAGAUGAAGACUUGGAUGGCUUCAACAUUUGCAGAUCGCGCUCAUAGGGCCCAGGCAGAGGCUAUUGUCGAUCAACAGAUCGCAGAGUUCAUCUCGCGCUUAGAGGUGCAGCUUCAGGACCCGAAUGACCCGACGGCUCCUGCCGAUGACAUGUCGCAAGCAAUGGCAGAUCUGCAGGACUCGGUUCGUGUCCAGGAGAAGCGGGGAAGGCUUCAGAUGCUGAGGAGCCAGAUCGAGCAACAAGAACUCUGCAACAAGAAGCAGGCAGACAGCAACAUGGCCAUGUCUGCCCGCAUGCAGGCUGCGAAGUCAAAGCUUGACCGCGACACAUCCGGAUUGAUGGCAGAGCUGUGUGAAGACAGAUUCUUGCCGACCCGUUCUGCAGCCUGA